AUGUUUGAUGCAUCAAAUGAAUUGGUUAAACUUUUUCGAAUGGCAAGAGAUAAAUUUGAAAACGAUGCUCUUUCUUCAUUAAAAAUGACUUUGCUAGGCAGGCAAUUAAAUGAUAGCAAACAAUAUGAACAACCUACAACUGAUGAAAUAGGUGGUUUGAUAGUUGGAGAUAUAGGAUUGUAUGAUUCUAAUCGAGAUAUUAUUAUAGAGUCUAAUAGUCACGAAUUAAAACGUGUAACAAAGUUGAAUCCUAAAUUUAUGUCUCUGCAAUAUCCAAUUCUUUUUCCAUAUGGUGAAGAUGGUUAUAGACCAGAUUUAAAAUGGAAUGAAAAUUAUAAAGGUAAAAAAACUAAAAGACAAAGAAUACCAAUGAGAGCUUUCAUUGCUUAUCAAAUUCAAGAACGAGAACCACCAUUAAGUACAUUGUUAAGAGGAGGAAGACUUUUUCAACAAUAUUUGGUCGAUUCUUUUGCAACACUUGAAGAAGAUAGAUUAGAUUAUAUUAGACAAAAUCAAAAAAAAUUGAGAAGUGAAGUUUAUAAAGGAAUAUAUGAUGCAUUCUCAAAAGGUGAUACUGAUGCAAAUAAUUUGGGACAAAAAAUUGUAUUACCUACUUCAUAUACUAGAAGUCCUAGAUAUGUGAUAAAUAAUUAUCAAGAUGCUAUGGCUAUUUGUAGAGAAUACGGACAUCCUGAUUUGUUUAUAACAUUUACAUGUAAUGUUAAAUGGCUAGAAAUCACAAGAGAGUUUGAGAAUAAGCCAGGAUUCAAACUUGAAGAUAGACCUGAUAUAAUUUCUAGAAUCUUCAAAAUGAAGCUUGAUCAUAUGAUUGAUUUCAUCAAGUCCGGGAAGCCUUUUGGAGAAAUUCAAGCACGUAAGUUACUAAAACUCAUUCUAGCACUUAUUUCAAGCUUUUUAGUUUUCUUAUUUAUUAUAAAAUUUACUUUUAUUCUUUUCUUUGUUUUCAUUUUUUCCUCAUGAACAGAUGUUUGCACAGUUGAGUUUCAAAAAAGAGGUUUACCUCAUUCUCAUAUGUUAAUAUGGCUGAAACCAAAUGUGAAAUGUUUUUGCGCAUCAGAUAUAGACUCAAUUAUUUCUGCUGAAUUACCUGAUAAAAAUUUGCAUCCACAACUUUAUGAAACUGUUAAUCAGUUUAUGAUUCAUGGUCCAUGUGGUUGUAUUAAUCCAAAAUCACCUUGCAUGCGAGAAAAUAUAUGUUCUAAAAACUUUCCUAAGCCAUAUAAAAGCGAAACAAUUUUUGACACAAAUGGUUUUGCUGUUUAUAAACGUCGUGAAGAUGAAGAAAAAUUUGUGAUUAAAAACGGCGUAAAAGUUGAUAAUAGAUUUGUUGUUCCUUACAAUGCAGAGUUAUUACUAAAAUAUAAUGCACAUAUAAAUGUUGAAUCCUGUUGUCAAUCAAUGCUUAUAAAAUAUUUAUUCAAAUAUGUAAAUAAAGGUUCAGAUAGAGCACGUUUAAUUUUUCAAGAAAAUUUGAAUGAUGAGAUUUUAGCAUACCUCAAUUGUAGACAUAUAUCACCUUAUGAGGCUGUUUGGAGACUAUUUCAAUAUUUCAUACAUCAUAGAGAGCCUUCUGUAGAGCGAUUACCAGUUCAUUUACCAUUAGAACAAAAUGUUGUUUUUACUGCUGAUCAAUCAUUGCAGUCAAUCAUUAAUCAAAAAGCUUUUGAAAACACAAUGUUAACAAGUUGGUUUGCAUUGAACAAAAAUUUUCCUAACGCGCGUGAACUAACUUAUGCACAAAUUCCCACAAAAUUUUUGUAUGAUGUAAAGAAAAAAACUUGGAAGCCAAGAAAAUAUAAAGCAUCAAUUGGCAGAAUAGCAUAUGUACAUCCUGCAUUUGGCGAAUUAUAUUAUUUGAGAAUGCUUUUGAAUUUUAAAAAAGGCGCCAUUAGUUUUGAGGAUUUAAAAACAGUUAAUGGUGUUGUACAUUCUUCCUACCAUUCUGCAUGCAAAUCAUUAGGACUAUUAGGUGAUGAUAAAAAAUGGAUUGAGGCUUUAUCAAGUGCUGCACAUAUUGCAUCGUCUGCUCAAUUGAGACAAUUGUUUGUCACAAUAAUUUUAUUUUGUGAUGUAGCAAAUCCUCAAAAUCUUUUUGAUAGUCAUUGGCAAAACAUGUAUGAUGACAUUUUAUACAAAUUGCGAAAAACUUUUGCAAUUCCAGAUAUGAUUGUGCCAGAACAUGAAUUAAAAAAUUCAGUGCUAUUUGAAUUAGAAUUACUUUUUAAUAAUGCAUCUACCUCUUUGAAAAAAUAUCAUCUUCCCAUGCCUAAUGCAGAAAAAAUGUUAGAAAUUCAAAAUAGGUUUUUGAGAGAAGAAUUAAAUUAUGAUUGUGAAGAACUUUAUAAGAAACAUGCACUUUUGAAAUCACAGCUUAACCAAGGUCAAAAAACAUGUUUAUGAUUGUGUUUUAAAUGCUGUGAAUGCAAAAAAAAGGAGGUCUGUUCUUUGUUUAUGGUCAUGCAGGCACUGGAAAAACAUUUUUAUGGGAUACAAUUACAAGUAAGCUUAGAUCAGACGGUAAAAUUGUUCUAGCUGUUGCAUCAUCAGGAAUAGCAUCAUUAUUAUUACCAGGUGGUAGAACAGCCCAUUCUAGAUUUAAAAUCCCUUUGAUUAUUACUGAUUCUUCAAUUUGUUCAAUAAAGAAAAAAACUCAUCUUGCAGGAUUAAUUGAAAAAACAGAUUUAAUUAUAUGGGAUGAAGCACCUAUGAAUCAUAAAUAUUGUUUUGAAGCAUUGGAUAAAUCAUUUUUGGAUAUUUUGUCAAAUUCACAAGCUUUCGAUAAAAAUGUUCCAUUUGGUAGAAAAACUCUUUUAUUGGGUGGUGAUUUUCGACAAAUAUUGCCCGUUAUUCCUGAAGGAACUAAAGAGGAUAUAAUAAAUGCUUCAUUGAAUAGUUCUUAUUUAUGGCCAUAUUUUAAAAAUUUUCAUUUGAAAGAAAAUAUGAGAUUGUCAAAAAAUGGAUUGAGUAUUGAAGAAAAAAAUAAAAUUAGUUCUUUUGCAAAUUGGAUUCUACAAAUUGGUGAUGGACAAAUUAAUGAUGCAAACAAUGUGAAUAAUUCAAUUGAUAAGGAUUCAUCUUUGAUUUAAAUACCACAAGAUUUGAUAAUUGAUUGUUCUACAAAUGCUAUCCAUUCAAUUUUUUCUGCAACAUACCCAAGUUUUGAAACUUUUUUUGACAAUUUUGCUUAUUUAAGGGAAAGAGCUAUUAUAACACCUCGAAAUACAACUGUUACAGAUGUGAAUAAUUAUAUAAUUAAUUUAUUACCUGGACAACAACAAACAUUUUUGAGUUAUGAUUCUUUAUGUUCUUCAAAUGCUAAUGUUGAAAAUCUUGAAAUAAUGUACCCCACAGAAUUUUUAAACAAGCUUGAAUUCAAUGGUUUACCUGCACAUAAUUUGGUAUUAAAAAUAGGAAUGCCUAUUAUGCUACUACGAAACUUAAAUCAGUCUUCAGGUUUGUGUAAUGGAACUAGAUUAGUUGUUACUCAAUUAUUUGAUAGAAUUAUUGAAGCUAAAAUUCUUACUGGUACUAAUAUUGGUCAUAAAGUUUUCAUACCAAGAAUCACUCUUACAGCUACAGAAAAUAAGUGGCCUUUCAUCUUCAAAAGACGUCAAUUUCCAAUUAGAGCAUGUUAUGCAAUGACAAUCAAUAAAAGUCAAGGACAAUCUCUUAAACAAGUUGGUUUAUAUCUUCCAGAACCUGUUUUUACACAUGGCCAAUUAUAUGUAGCAUUAUCAAGAGUGACAUCAAGAGAAGGUUUAAAAAUUUUAAUAGAAAAUGUAGAGAGUACUGUUAAAAACUGUACUUUGAAUAUUGUUUUUAAAGAUGUGUUACAAAAUUUACAAGAAAAUUAACCAAGUUCAGAGACUCUGCAUCUCUCACUUUCUCAUCUCUCAAAUCACUUCUCUCUCUUCCAUCUCUCCCAAUGUCUUCGUCUCUCGGCUUUCUUGCUCAAUCUUUGUCGACUGAAAUUUCGAGGUGAUUUUCCAACCCUAAAUUAAUAUAUUCCAUACCUUGAUAUCAUCUUAAUUUAUUGGGAAUUGAUCUACAUAUGUGUAGUAUAGAUAAAUUUUUUCUUUAACUAAUGUUAUAGAAUCCAAGUCCUAUUUAGAAAUACUGAGAUGGAAAAGGUUACGGAAAAAUUGCGAGGUAGAAAUUCCAUUAUGAGUUCUCCGGCCGAUUUGAGGUGAGUAUUACAAACUUUUAUGUUAAAUUGAUUUGUUUUGGUUUUUCGGGAUGCUUAAUUUCAUCUACAAACAAGGUUGACCAUCCAAAAGUUUCAGUUUUGUACCCAUUAUUCAAUAUUAGCUCAAUAAUCAUAAUGUUUCCUCUGACUUUGUUUAUAAAUUCUGAUAUAUAAUCAUAUUUUAGAGUUAGAGUUUUCUAUUGGGGAAACGUUAGGACCCGAUGGUCCUACAUCGAAAAAAUAGCAGCAGCUGAUCCUAUUUAAAAUGAAUCUAAUUGAAGACAUUAAGGAUUGGGCACCUUCUACAAACUACAGUAGUAUUACUCUUGAUGAGGUUUUGCAUCAUUGGAACAUCAGGCCUAUGUCAUUGCUUUACCUAAGGAAGGAAAAAAAAUUGCUAAUUCAGCAAGGAGCUUACAGUGCUGACAAAUACAUUUUCAAACAAUGAAGAGGCAAACAUUCAAAGGAUGAUUUGAGCUAAAAAAAAAAAAAAGAGGCAUACCUUUGACAGCAUAUUAUUGUCACGCAUCACUUGUCUCCUCUGAACUUCAGUAUUAAACUCAUCCAGCACGUCAUCGGCUUCAUAAACUGCAUCUUCUACGCUUUGGAGCCACAACUUGACUUCAUUGUUGUCGGCUUGCUUUUGCUCAGCAUCAAGGAGAACAUCUUGGAAUCCAGCAACGGUCUCCUUGAGCUUGUUGAGCUCAUCUUGGACACCCCAAAUCGAUCCAAUCUUUUGGAAAGCACAGUUUCCAAGCCUUACAAUGAUCCGUUCUGCAAUGUUGAAGAGAACUCCUUCCGCCAUUUCUUGUAUUCAGGACAAGCAAAACACAUGCAAGUGAAGUGAAUUAAAGUAGAAACUUGUAAACGAGAAUAUGGUUUUGCGUAGUGAACGAUGGCUCGUCCCUGCUCGUCUUUAUA